AUGAAUUGAGUAGCCUGUCACCGAAGGCAUCUUAACACAUUAAAUCCUGGCCGAACCUUAAUUGUCCUUAUAUACCAAAACCUAUCUACCUUGAGCUUGAGCUUCAUUCAGUCCUCAAGUUUUAGCUAUAAAUUGAAACCCGGCCGCUGCGCCCAGAGAGAACAGAAACACACACGGAUCGAAUCGUUAUCCCUUUCCUUGUCCUAUUGCCUUGCUCACAGAAAUGGUUAGCGGGACAGUUUCGCAUGAGUUGGAAGUGGAAGUCUCUGCGAGCCAAGCAUGGGAGCUGUAUGGCACUCUUGGGAUCGCUAGGCUCCUCGAACAAAAUUUCACCGAUAUAAUUGCCAAAAUUGAAGUAGAGCAAGGUGAUGGAGAACAAGGCACCAUUCUCAAACUAAUAUUUGCACCAGGGAUGCCGGGGCCAGGAUGGCACAAGGAGAAGUUCACAAUGGUAGACAAUGAAAAGCGGGUGAAAGAAGUGGAGGUGAUCGAAGGUGGAUAUCUGGAGUUGGGUUUUACUUUUUACUUAGUUCGCUUCGAAAUCAUAGAGGCCGCCACCCCUUCUUCCUGCAUUACGAAAAUUUCCAUUGACUAUGAGCUCAAGGAAGAGUCAGCUGCCAACGCCUCAUUUGCCUCGAUCGACCUCUUCGCAACUAUUGCCCAGAUUGCAAAAACUCAUCUCCUUAAAAACAAACAGUAACCAAAUUCAAUAUGUUAUUGUUUCAUGAAUCAGGUGUGAUCAAUAUCAUGUAAUAAUGCAUUAUGCAUCUGGAAACCAACUCAAUAUAUACAAUGAUUUAACAAUUAA